GGAGGCGUAUUUAAGCUCCUGGCGCGAGAUCUUCCGAGAGAAAAGAAUAGGCAGUUUAAAGCAACGUGUAGUUCUCACCAACGGUCUCUUGAAAAGAAAGAAAAUGAGUUUCGGUGGAAAGCUAAAACACAGCUACCAGAGGUCUAAUGAGAAUAGACAGACUUUUUUCACACCAUCUCAAAAGGCGAUGGGACCCCCCAGGCAAACUCGACAGGUCCUCCAACCCUCGGCUGGUAACAAAGAUUUGGGAAGGUCGGCUCAGGUGGGAAAGGUCAUUCCCAAACGGAAACAGUGGAGCGCAGAACAAACUAGAGGUCCAAAGAGGGUGAAAGCAGAAGUCAAAUCGACACAAACGGAAGAAACUCAGUGUUUGACAGAUGGCAUGUCCAAUGAAGCAUAUGAACUUAUGGUCGUAGAAACACCCCCUUCCACCUACUGGAAAGAGAUAGCCGAGGAGCGUCGGAAGGCCUUGUACAAUGUUUUACAGGAGAACGAGAAGUUGCACAAAGACAUCGAGGCCAAAGAUGAACAGAUCACGCAGCUGAAGUGUGAAAAUGAAGAGCUGCAUGACCUGGCACAACAUGUACAGUACAUGGCUGAUAUGAUUGAGAGGCUGACUGGGAAGAGCCCUGACAAUCUGGAGGAACUGAGGGACAUUGCUCUUGAUGUGGAGGAUGAUGAUGAGGACAACGACAGUAAAGUGGCAGGUCAGAGUGAGGAAGAAGACGCUGAUUACAGUCAGAGUGACUCAGAGGAAGAGGAGGCCUCAGACCAUAACCAAGCUGGACCUUCAAGAGAGCAGGAUUAACAGACGCAACUCGUGUAUGUCAUGGGACUUUGACCGGUUUAUACAGGUCAGCAGAUUUUUGCAAAAGUGUGCUUUUACAGCAACAAGUGACACUCCAUUUGACUGAAUGCAAUUUAUGUACUUCAAGCCGCAAUCAUUUUGAAAUAGCUGCAAUUUUAUUUUGAAGCCUUGAACAGAUGGGCUGGUUUUAAAAAUUUUUUUCUCUGUUCAAGUAAAGAGGUGUUCAAAACUAGGCCAGUAUAGGCCUUUCUCACUGCAGACAUUUUGACAAGUUUCACUAGGAAAAGCACAGGGGUGGUUAAUAAAAUGAAUGAUGGCUGAAUUCCAUUUAGUUGCUUCGGUUUCAGGUUCCUGGUAUUUUGCUUACUGGGGCUCUUGAAUAGACCAGAACCGUUAAUGUCACGGCACAGAGCACUGCAGAAAUUAUUUGUUGCAUGUAGGAAUUAACGCCAAACCAAAGCAUCUCUACCAUCAAUAGAAAAAAUUACCAUGUGCUUUUCCUACUGUAACGAAUCAAAAUUUGUGGUUGUGCUUUUCCCACUAUGACAAAUCUAACUGUUAUGAAAAAAGGCCUAUUGAUUUUGCUACAUUCACUGCCAAAUGUGGCCUAAAGCAUGGCCCGGAUGUUUUUUGUUUACACUGUAAAAUUGUGCAAUGUUAUGACACAGUUUUGUAUAUAAUGUAAAAUAAACUUUUAAGAAGAGAAAAA